UGGAGUGCUUGUACCAUGAUUGAUUAAUUUAUCUCAGCUGUGGCCAUAAGGAUUUGUAAAAGUUUUGGUGGCGGGGAGCGAUAACACAUUGAUUUGCAUCCAUGGUAAAUUGGAAAGUCCCGUCUUGUCGAAUGGUCGAUUUUCAAUGUGCAUAAGAGUGGGGAAUUCUGGAGAUGUCCGGAGCGUUAGAAUCUCGCGUAUCAAACGCAUCUGGUUUAUCAUCUUGUCAGUCGGCCUGUUACAAGGCCCUUCGCAAGCUUUCUUCAACGAUUCGUUUCAGUCGUCUUCUCCACUUUCAACGAAUCUGACUGAUCCCGGAAAAGAUGGAAUCCACCUUCUCAAUGCACCAUCAUCCUCAGAAAAACAAGACCUUAAAAAUAAACGUCGUUUGGGUGUUUCUUCCGCAAAAGAAAUCAGAAGGCGUUCGACGAGAGCCAAAGCCCCAGGCGUGUCUAAUAAAAUACCGCUCGAAAGAGCAAACUUUUCUGAUGUCACGUUGACUAUUAAAGCGCAGCGGAUUCCUUCACAAAAUGUUACCCAUUUUUCUAACAAUGUCACUCAUUUUUAUGAUUUAACGCGUUCUUUAAAUGAUAUAAACAAGCUUAGAAGUGCCUUACAAACCUCUCGUGGUAAUUCUAGUCCCAAAAAACGAGCUUCUACUAGGAAAAGAUCUAGGAAAGGUGGCAAAAGAAGAGCUGAGAGAGAUCUGAAACUAUCGUUAAAUAAACCAGAUCGGUCAAAGCUUCAGACACAUUAUGAACGAGAGAGUAAAAGCGACAUAGCUAAAACACACUUCAAUUCAAGCGAAAAGAAAAGGAGAAAAUACUCUUCCAAGGUUACCAGCGGUCAGCAUCAUCGUACACGUUUAAAGCAUCAGGAAAGAAGCUUAGGGAGAUUUAAGCGUAACAUUGUCUUUUCUGAUAGGGAUGAACUUAAACAAAAACGUUUUAUGAUGAAGAGACGGUCUUUGCAGCAUCUUCCUUUUCGUCUUGGUGGUGAACGAGUCUUACUGAGAUUCAAACGAAAGUCGAUUUUGGGACAGGACGAUGUCGAGGCACAGUCCAGCGACUUGAAAGAACACAAAGGGAAAAAAGGCCGGCAAACACCCCAACAGAAACAUGUUAAACCUCGAAGUGUGUUUCCAGGAAAAUCAUCCACAUUUCCCUUAAAUGGGGUCAUAAAGGGAGAGUUCCUGAAGGAAACAGAUUGGAGGGCACCAAGUGCGACAAUAAAUUCUUACAACAAGGUUCUUGUUGAUAGAAAUGUAAUUCCUCAUGCGACGUAUGAUCCAGUAGUAUACGGGGCAAAAAGUUCUUCUCUAUCACUGAAUCCGAACAAACUAUCCUCAGUUCCUAAGGAAUACAGUGCAGUUGAAAACCGGAGACAGAGCGUUUCUAACAUUAACAGAGCUCUUUAUCCGCUUGCAUCGACAGUGAGUUUUAUUCCAAAGAGUAAUCAAGCUAUGACUUUAAAAUCGGAGCUAAGGACACCACAAAUUGCUUCUCUCUGGCGCACAGUUUUGCAAAACGCCCCUGUACCUAGCCAAUCGAAUGUUCCACAACCAGUGAGAUAUGAAUACGGAGCUGGACAGCAACAGAGAAAUAGCUUACAGAACACCGAUGAUCAGAGUAAAAAGCAGUUUAUUCCCACUUCACAGCGUGCCCUCUACAAUUAUGGACAUCAAUUCAAUUAUCAGCCCCAGUUUAUAAAAUCUCAGAUAGCGCUUGCAGGUGGCAACCCACGAAUCACCUCCUUUUCUCAAAUGAGGCCAACCAAACCAUUGCCAUUCUUUCGGGAGGGGGCAAGAAUAAAUCCAGAAUGGCCCUUAUCUUCGCCUACGGCGAAUCUUAACAAUCUAUUAAAUUUUGAAAACGGUUUGUCACAGAGAUCACGCGUUCCGCAAGGGCUUGUCUUGUACUUGGAUUUAGAGAAUGUGCAAAACGGUAGAGCGACGUAUGCAUCUUUAAAUGGAGAUGUAACUGGCACGGACAAGCGAACAGAGAUCACAAAGUUUUUCGGAUCAUGUGGAAAAGUUGCAAGGCUUAACAACGGAAGCGAGAUACUUCUCAACGGCAAGCAGUUGAAGAUGAAACCCCGUCAAGCCGUAAGCAUUGCAGCAUGGAUAAAACUCGAUUCUAACAAGGGUUAUCACUCGAUAUUCGACACAGUAGGUGGCCAUUCUAUGCAUCAACAAGGACAAUAUCAUUUCGAAAUUCAAGAUGGCAGCGUUCGGUGGUUCCACAGGAAUGAAACUGGGAUCAAAAUCUUCAGCGUUGAAACAGAUCCAAUAAUUCCUGCAAAUGUUUGGAACCAUGUAGUCGGCACGUAUGACGCGCACACUGGUAUCGCUAAGAUUUUUGUCAAUGGAGGACUAAAAGCAGAGGCUGCCGGGAAGGGUCUACUGUCUCAAGACUGGGAUGCGCAUGCGGGAAUCGGAAAACACAAGAACCAAAGGUUUCUCCAGGGGGAGGUGGACGAGUUUAGGAUUUACAACAAGGCUUUGUCGCAGGAAGAAAUUGGAAAACUCAUGAAAGUAUGCAGUUUUGAAAGAGUAUGCGGCGGCCUUUUUAACAGUCCAAAAGGAAUUUUGGAAUCACCGGAAUGGCCUAGAAGCUAUAAAGGGAAAACCACUUGUGCAUGGCAUCUGUCUGUUGAUCCGAGGGAGACAAUCACGCUUAGUUUUAAACGCUUCAGUUUGGAUGAAGACGGGACGUGCAAAAAUGCCAAACUUAUUGUUAGAGACGGAAGUGGAGAAAAUUCGGAGGCACUCGGGGUUUACUGUGGAACCAAGCGGCCGACAGGGAUAACAUCGAGUGGGAAUCAUUUGUUUGUACAGUUUACCAGCACUGAGGGAGGGAAAGGGAAAGGUUUUCUCAUUUCUUACAACACAGAAACCGUCCACCAGACCAAGAAAACUGAAAGACCACCCACACCUACACAAGCUGACGACUCGCAGAGAUGCGCCGUAACAAGACCCGAAUAUAAUGUUACACUGAUUGGCGGCAUCAAAUCCGGGAUCUUCUCUGAGGCAAAGCACGUGCACGACAUGGACUUGUGCACGAAACAUUGUUGUUUACGAAAGUCGUGCGACUUGGCUUUCAUGAUCCGGGACUCGUGCUAUUUGGUGCGAUGUACCAAUCAGAGUUUAUGUAAGACCAAACGGGCGCGACCUUCAAAUAUGAACCCCAGUAUCACUUUUGUCUCACACUUGCAGUCGGUGACACCCGAGCCAGAACUGCCUGUAGAUGGAAGCGCUUACAACAAGGCUAUCACCUCAAGUAUAUCCAAACCAACAACAUUACCCGCUAAGGACCAACCGAUUUGUCACCACACGGCUGUGAGCUACAACGUUACUCUGGUCGGCGGGAUCAACGCAGGAAAAUUCAGCACGUAUGGUCGAGCCCGCAAUAUGGAUGAGUGCAUACGUCAUUGUUGCCGUGACGACAAGUGCGACGUGUCGUUUAUGAUCCAGGGAAAUUGUUACGCAGUUGAAUGUGCGGAUGCGGAGGGGUGUCAGGUGAAGCGAGCAAAACCUUCCUCUUAUAACCCUACUGUGGCAUACGUGUACCGUGGCAAUGAAAGACCGAUAGGGGAUCCUUUACCAGGUGCUGAAAAGCCAAACUCAGACGCUUGUGAUAAGUUGUCCGUCAGUAACACCAUAUUCAACGUGACUCUUCGUGGGGGAAUCAAGUCAGGGAACUUCACUGACAAAGGCGUGGUCAAGCACAUGGACGAAUGUUCAGCCUAUUGCUGUGCAGACGGACAAUGCAACGUGGCUUUUCUAAUCCGGGACAACUGUUUCUUAGUAUCGUGUAAAGAUUAUGAGUCGUGCCAAAUAAAACCAGCGCUUUCUGAAUAUUAUCACCCAAGACUGGCUUACGUGAAUUGGAGUCCGCCCGAUGACGAAAUUCCAGCCAACAGGUGGUAUGCGUCUUUAGGUUGCUGGAAAGAUACGGAAUCGUUUGCAGUUUCCCCUUUGGAAGGCGCAGAUCCUCUGCUAACAGAGCCUUAUCUCACACGACAGAAGCCAAUCGACACAUGCGCACAAGUAGCAAGAAAGCACGACUUCAAAGUUUUUGCCAUCCAGAAUGGCGGAGCCUGCCUAAGCGGACCGAAAGCGGGAAGAACGUUUAACCAGUUUGGCGAAUCAUCAUCUUGUAAGGCAGGAAAGGGAGGCUUGUUCGCCAAUGAUGUCUACCGACUGACAGAUAUUGGUUACAUCUCGCUCGGUUGCUGGAACGACUCCGGUAUCCAUGCCCUGCCUGUAAUGGAGCACUCAGAUGAAAAAUUAGACGAUUUUUACAAAUCACGCCUCGAUCCACUGCGUAAGUGCGGAGAGGUGGCGCGAAAGCGAGGCUAUCCUGUGUUCGCCCUUCAGCGAGGAGGAAUGUGCUUUGGUGGACCCCGCGCUGAAAUUGACUAUAAAAUGUAUGGAAUAUCAAGGAGAUGCCGCGAUGGACUGGGUGGGACUUAUGCCAAUAGCGUAUAUAGACUAAUAGAUAACUUGGAAGUGGAGCCAACAGAAAGCACAAACAACUUCACUUCUCCUUCUGGUGCCACGGGAAGCUCAACCUCCAGCACAGCGACCACGGGAAGCUCUUCAAGCCCGUCAUCCACUAAUUUCACCCCAACCACGUUUAGUGGAACACAAAGAUCACCCACCACUUCGCCGUCGCCAACACCUGAAAUCCAAGAAAACUACCUUACUCUUCAAAACGGCUUGCCACACAAGAACACCUAUACAGCAGGUGAAAUUCUAUACAAUGUAACGCUGAAGUAUGGCAUUAAAACAGGAAAGUUUAGCGACAAAGGGAAAGUCGGGAACAUGUCCGAAUGCGUGCGCGCUUGUGGAAGAAUGGAAACUUGUAGUCUAGCAUUUAUGCUUGGGAAGCAAUGCUUCGCCGUGGCGUGUUAUAGUGAUGCUCUCUGUCUCACAAAACCUGCGUUUUCACCGUUUUACAAGCCACAGAUAGCGUUUGUGAAACACACAAAGGAGAUUGUCUCAGCCAACAAACCCAAACCUUCAGAUGUUUCUCAAUGCCGCGCAAGCGCAGUUCACAAUGACGUCACACUGGUUGGUGGGAUAAAUGCAGGAAAGUUUACUGAUCUUGGUAACGCUGACAACAUGAGUCUUUGCACACAGCGGUGCUGCAUGAAAAGCGCUUGCGAUGUAGCGUUCAUGCUCGAAAACGAAUGCUACGGUGUGAGCUGCUUGAAUGAAUCACUGUGCGAGUCACGUCCCGCAAGAAAUCCCGCAAGGUACAACCCGCGAAUUGCUUAUGUGUAUCACGACACAAAGAAAGAUAAAGCGUCACCUCAACAGAAGAACGUAUGCUGGGACGGUGAAAUUUUGUCCAAUUACACUUUGGUCGGGGGCAUCAAUGCAGGGACAUUUAGUGAUAACGGGAAGACCACUAACAUGGACAUAUGCAUGCAGUUCUGUUGCAAGCGUGACACUUGUGAUUUGGCAUUUAUGAUUGAGGACGAUUGUUAUUCAGUUUCGUGUAACAGUAAUGGGGCUUGUGAGCCGAGAAAGGCCCGACCUACUCAUUAUCUUCCUCGCAUUGCCAUAAGGAAGAAACCUCAAGGAAAUUAUAACGUCAAAGGUGUUUUUACCGACAUGACAUCAACGCCAGGCACCACAACUCCGCUGACAUCAUCGGUGUCACAAUCUUCGUCCCCGACGCCGGCCACCUCUCCUUCUCCCACUCUAUCAACAAUUUCAGAAGUUCACCAAGCUGAUUCAACUACAAACCCAACUGUCAAAGUGGCGCAUUCGUGUGACGCCACACCCAUCGAGUACAACGUCACCCUUAAGAUGGGACUCCACUCUGGAGUCUUUCAAAAAGUUGGUCGAGUAGACUCCAUGGACGACUGCAUAGAGAUGAGCUGUAAAGAACCACGGAGUGACGUUGCCUUCAUGUUAGGCAGCAUGUGUUAUGCCGUGCACUGUUACAGCGCGGAUCUUUGCAAGACUGUCCCUAUCUUUGGAUCAAGUAUUUCUCGACUUAACUUGAAUCCUGCAAUCUCGUUUCUCAAAAAGAACUCGCAGUUUGGUAUAAGCUCUCUUGUGACAACGAACAACAACAUAGCUCAAGACAAAUGUCGCGACAGCACCAUCACCUACAACGUGACUUUACGAGGCGGGAUUGACGCAGGAAAUUUUACCGAGAGGUCUGGAGUGCUGUCGAUGCGAGACUGUAUCGGCAAAUGCUGUGACGACACGUCAUGUGACCUCGCUUUCAUGUUCGGAGAUCACUGUUACUCUGUAGAGUGUCAGAGUGAAAAGCUAUGUCAAGCUGUGUUGGCCAAACCGUCUCACCUUGAACCAAAAGUGUCCUAUGUUUCAAGGGGAUUUUAUAAUGAUAAAGACAAAGGGACAAUGUUCUCCGCUAGCGACCAGACGCCGACAUGUCGGGCAGAUCAAAAGUCUCAGUCCAAGAUAUUCAGUAAUAAGACUUUAGUUGGAGGAUUAGAAGCGGGAAGGUUCAGUUUUGAGGGAGUCGUCAGUGAUAUGCAUAUGUGUAUGGAUCGAUGCUGUGCACAGCAGGGUUGUAAUGUCGCUUACAUGGUUGACAAGAACUGCUUCUCUGUAGCCUGUUAUUCACCCUCGUUGUGUAAAAUAAGCGAUACGUCUUCAACGAAUGGCGACGUAGAGAUCUCCACUAUAUUUGAGAGCACCGCUGAAAGACCAGUUGAAAAACACUCCAUGGUGGUUUAUGUGAUAAUUGGUGUGGUCGGAUUCGCAGCAGGUGCUGGAGGGAUUUUAUGGGCCGUCUGCAUGUUUAUUCGACGGCACCGUUUACGAUCAAGGCACAGACAGGAUACGCAGUAGUUUUCGAUGGGAAAGGAAAUAUUGCACUUUGACGAGGCCUAGCAGUAAACAGGCUGAAAGUUGUCUGCUUUUCAAACGAUCGGAAUUUGGUAAUUUAGCAUAGUUGUAUUUUAACUUCUUUUUGAAUUCAGCUUUCAAUCAAAUUCAGCCUGUUCAUUAGGGCUCUGGCACGCCUAUAGAGCUGCAAGACAUCUAAACAGACUACAGAAAUUUUCCUCCUAACAAGACGUCAUCAUAUUUAAUCCGAACGAAUGAGGACAUUCCUUUUUGAAACGGCCGAAGAAAGGCAACUCGUUCGAAGGCCCUCCUCUGGUCUACUUAAGCGAUGCUAAGAUUAUGAAUGUUUCUUAGUUCGUUAUUUUCAAGUCAUUGUUUAAGUGUUAGCAUUAAACCACUUUUUUUGUAUUUAUCCAGUUCAACACGCGUCCUUUAAAAGAGCCACAUAGCAGUACUUAGCCCAUCGCACAUCGUAGUUAGAGAUGAUCAGUGUAGUUUUCAUACCAAAGCAGACAAUGCACUUCUUAGGUAACUGAAGUACAGACGUUUGUGAGAUGAGCGCUCCUUUUCCCAGCGCUUACACAGUUCAGAUUUCUUCCGUGUGCAAUCUUAAGUUUAAAAUCCAGCAACGACUACUUACCAGUUUUUCAGUUGAUAUCGAAGCACGCCAAAAGUAAUUUCAUUCUAUUUCCUGUUGCGGCUAGCGUCUCGAGAGCGUCUCUGCUUUGUUAUGGGAGUUGAAUCAUGUAACUUUUUCUCAUGAGGAGAAGCAACCACUUGCAUAAUGUUAGCUUAUGUUGUAGAUGUUUUAAUUCGAAUUUAUUUCUUGGUUGUACAAGAUUUAGAGCAAGGUAUCUGUUGUUGUUUUUUGAUUUGGAAAACUGAAGUGUAGUAACUUUUAAAAUGUUACAGCACCAAAAGCGAAAGAAAUGCGAGAACCUCUAUAUUGCCGUUUUUUUCUUCCUUUGUCUUUCUGUCGUGUUAACAGAUAGCUUUUCGUAGUCGAUGAUUGCUCGGCCACGAAGUUGACCGAAGGCUCUGGAAGACGUAUACAAGAUAAUGCUUUGUUAUG